GCCCAAGCCGGUCGCAUUCCAUCGCUUCGAAUUUCAAAACCCGCGCGUAAAUUCGAAACAUGUGAUUUCGCAAUUCGAAUAUGGAACUGUAUCCUUCGGUUUAUUUUUUAUUUUUAGUGCCAGCUGUAUUGUGAUUUUUCAAAAUGGGUUCGAAAACUACUUUAGUGGUGAAGUGGUGGACGCAUUUGCAAUUAAUUGUGUUUGGAAUUUCAGUAUUGUUCCGUAACACUGAUUCCAUUGACUUGCCCCGGUUCGUGGGUCCCGGAGCGAACGUCACGGUAGCCGUGGGGCGCGAUGCCGUCCUCACGUGCAGGGUCGACAACUUACAGUCUUACAAAGUGGCGUGGCUCCGCGUAGACACACAGACCAUCCUCACCAUCGCCGGCCACGUGAUCACCAAGAACCACCGCAUAGCCAUCAGCCACGGCGACGGCGCGUGGAGCCUGGCUCUACGCGGCGUGGCUCCAAGUGAUGGCGGCCGGUACAUGUGUCAAGUGAAUACCGAGCCUAUGAUGAGCCAGACGCAUACUCUGCUUGUUGUAGUGCCUCCCGACAUAGACGACGACGCCAGCACCAGCGAGAUCGUGAUCAAGGAAGGCGAGGAUGCAGUCCUACACUGCGCCGCAUCAGGCGUACCACCGCCUACCAUCGUGUGGAGACGAGAGGACUCACGGCACUUCAGGAUAAACAACCAGACUUUGAUAUCAAAAUGGAGUGGUCCCUGGCUGAACAUGUCUGCGGUGGAGCGAGCUGGUUCCGGAGCGUACCUAUGCAUCGCGAGCAACGGCGUGCCCCCCUCCGUCAGCAAGAGGAUACUGCUCAAUGUGCUGUUCGCGCCAUCAGUAUGGGCUGGUCGCGUAGCGCUGCGGGCCCAGUCCGGUAGUGCAGUCACACUACAGUGCACUGCCGAAGCCUACCCGCCGCCCCAUGCGUACUGGACACUGAAUGGUGAACAACGACUCGCUAAUGGUACAAAGCACCGCAUCAGUCUCACAAACCGCGGGUACCGGUAUACGCUCACCAUGGCUGUGGGUGAGAUGUCCCGCGAGGACGCCGGCGCCUACCGCUGCCAUGUGGACAACCGACUCGGUCGCGCGCAGGCCGAGCUGUUCUUACAUUUGUUAACGACAACGACGACGUCGACCACGACGACGACGACGACCACGACGACCACGACCACGACCACGCCCCCGCCGCCCUCCACCUCCGUGCCUCCGUAUGAUACAGAGAGACACCUGGAGCAGCUACAUCGGGGGGUUCUGGAGAACUCAGGACUCGGCGACCCCUACAUCGUGCUCAGCCAACACCAAAUGCAAAACCUAGAAAUGGCGACCACCAUAUGACCCGAAGCCCGGGGGCACGGCCUGUCCCCGUGGAGCGAAGGUUGGCCUCCCCUGCACGACGAUGCUUGCAGGCCUACAUGUAGCUUGCUCACCCUUGUCAUACUGCUCUUCACACUAGCAAGACAGGGAUGGCGAUAGAUAGAGACUGGGAUACUCCUGCCGGCAUUUGUUUGAUAUCUGGAUGACUUUGUGGUUUCGUCGUCCAUUUUCGCUCGUUGUGAAUAUAGUCGUAAGGUCCGCGAGUUUAUGUCUAAGUAUUUGGUUGGAAGUUGUGGUGGAAGAUACGUUGGACAUGGUAUGCUGAUUAUGUUUUGUUUCUUUUGAAUAAAUUAAAAUAUGUUUUGUUUAGUAUUCUAGA